GUGUCGAAACAAAAGAGAAGCACCUCGAUCUUUCCACGGCAAACACUUGACAAUCCUCUCCAUCUAACGUCCUGCAGAUUCUGACCGGAACCCUCCAAAUUCUUGCCCCCACCGGAUCAUUCUAGAACUCCCUCAAUUCUUUUCCCUGUUAUAUUAACCUACCUAGCGUUACACUUCGCGUAUCUUCUUCUUCUCCAACCUCCUCUCUGAUUGCACUCCCCUUGCAGUGAAGUUUUUCUUCUCGGUACUGUUUGUCAAAACCCAUCUGAAUUUCACAAAAAAAAAAAAAAUGGCUUCUUCAACAGCACAAAUUCUCGGCGGGAUGGGAUUCGGGCCCUCCCCGACUCCGGCGAGAAGACCCAGUUUCUCCUUCGCCCCAAAGACUGUAUUUUUGGGCCAGAAUUUGGGUAGGGAUUCCAGGACGGCGGCUUUCCUGAGGUACAAACGUGGUCCGGCGAGGAGGUACUCUGCCGGACCGGUGAGGGUCGUGAGCGAAAAAGUGGUGGGGAUCGAUUUGGGGACGACGAACUCGGCCGUGGCGGCGAUGGAAGGAGGCAAGCCGACGAUCGUCACCAACGCUGAAGGGCAGAGGACGACGCCGUCUGUGGUGGCGUAUACCAAGACCGGCGAUCGGUUGGUCGGGCAGAUCGCCAAACGACAGGCCGUUGUGAACCCUGAGAACACUUUCUUCUCCGUCAAGAGGUUUAUUGGGAGGAAGAUGUCUGAGGUCGACGAGGAGUCGAAGCAGGUUUCGUAUAGAGUGGUGAGGGAUGAGAAUGGGAAUGUGAAGCUGGAUUGCCCUGUUCUGGGUAAGCAAUUUGCUGCCGAGGAGAUUUCAGCUCAGGUGUUGAGGAAACUUGUGGAUGAUGCUUCCAAGUUUCUGAAUGAUAAAGUGACCAAAGCUGUGGUGACAGUACCAGCUUACUUUAACGAUUCACAAAGGACAGCUACAAAGGAUGCUGGACGUAUAGCCGGGUUGGAAGUUCUGAGAAUCAUCAAUGAGCCUACUGCUGCAUCAUUGGCCUAUGGUUUUGAGAAGAAGAACAAUGAGACCAUUCUUGUUUUCGACCUUGGUGGUGGUACAUUUGAUGUUUCAGUGCUUGAAGUUGGUGACGGGGUCUUCGAAGUGCUGUCGACAUCAGGGGACACGCAUUUGGGCGGUGAUGAUUUUGAUAAGAGGAUUGUCGAUUGGCUUGCCUCUGACUUCAAAAAGAAUGAAGGCAUUGAUCUGUUGAAGGACAAGCAAGCCCUUCAAAGGCUAACUGAAACAGCAGAGAAAGCAAAAAUGGAGCUCUCUACUUUGACCCAGACAAACAUCAGUUUGCCUUUCAUCACUGCAACGUCUGAUGGGCCGAAGCAUAUUGAGACAACCCUUACAAGGGUGAAGUUUGAAGAACUCUGUUCUGAUUUGCUUGACAGGGUAAAAACCCCAGUUGAAAAUGCGUUGAGGGAUGCAAAGCUCAACUUCAAAGACCUUGAUGAAGUCAUUCUCGUCGGUGGAUCAACCCGUAUCCCAGCAGUUCAGGAGCUUGUGAAAAAGCUGACAGGAAAGGAACCAAAUGUCACUGUAAAUCCUGAUGAAGUUGUUGCCCUUGGUGCUGCGGUUCAGGCUGGUGUUUUGGCUGGAGAUGUAAGCGACAUUGUUCUGUUAGAUGUGACGCCAUUGUCUCUUGGUCUUGAAACUCUGGGAGGUGUGAUGACCAAGAUCAUCCCCAGAAACACCACUUUGCCCACCUCCAAGUCGGAGGUUUUCUCCACUGCUGCUGAUGGUCAAACAAGUGUGGAGAUCAAUGUCCUCCAAGGAGAGAGGGAGUUUGUUAGGGAUAACAAGUCGCUAGGAAGUUUCAGAUUGGAUGGCAUUCCUCCGGCUCCUCGUGGAGUCCCCCAGAUCGAAGUGAAAUUCGAUAUCGAUGCCAAUGGAAUCCUCUCCGUCUCUGCUGUCGAUAAGGGCACGGGCAAGAAACAAGACAUUACCAUCACCGGUGCGAGCACAUUGCCAAGCGACGAGGUUGAGAAGAUGGUGAAGGAUGCGGAGAGAUUCGCAAAGGAAGACAAGGAGAAGAGAGACGCCAUCGACACCAAGAAUCAGGCCGACUCCGUCGUGUACCAGACCGAGAAGCAGCUCAAGGAGCUCGGAGACAAAGUCCCUGCACCAGUGAAGGAAAAGGUUGAGGCCAAACUGCAGGAGCUCAAGGACGCGAUCGCUGGUGGAGCUACCCAGACGAUCAAAGACGCAAUGGCUGCGCUGAACACCGAGGUGAUGCAACUCGGGCAGUCCCUCUACAACCAACCAGGCGCAGCCCCUGGCGCUGAACCUGGUGCUGCUGCUGCCUCAGAUUCUUCGUCGCCAGGCAACGGGCAGGAAGGAGACGUGAUCGACGCAGAUUUCACCGACAGCAAGUGAGCAGAAGGAGUGUGUUUGAUGAUCCAUCCUGUCCUGCAUUUUGAUCCAGAAGAUGUGCAUAUAAGAUAGAUUGCUUCUGGUGGAGAGGUUAAUCAAGUAGGGAGUGUGGUAGAGAAGUAGGAAAUAUGAUACUUCAGAGUUCAGACUGUAGUUCCAAAACCCAAAAUCAAUGAAGACAAAACCCAGCAAAAAGAAUUCCCAACGGCAUUGGAACUGGAAAAGAUCUAUCCAAAUUCGUUUAAUUACAAACAGGAAACUCCAACAUAGAGUUCAACCACUCCAUCAAUUCAAUUCUUCCCGAUUCUUAUUCUUAAUUAUUAUUGUUACAUGACUAAUGACUCCAUUGCCUGCAAGCAGCAUAUAUAAAG